GGUGUUUUCACGACUUCCUGGGCCUGGCGGCUUUCAUUUUCAUCAGUCACUCUUGAUAGUUGAACGCAGGCCAUCAAAUUCUUUUCGUGUCAAUAUUGUCAGAGCAGAUUUUCUUGCCGGCCAAGUCAUCUCUCUGCAAGCCGUGUCUCUGUUUUAUAAUCGCGUGUGUGAAGAUCAUUGUGUGGAACACAUUGGUUCCUCUCUACCAUUUCUCAGUGAGGAACUUGGCUAUCUCGUUAUCUCUGUAUCAGGGUUGAUAUUGUCAACAGCCAUGGCGAUGUCUCCUGGAAUGCUCACGCCGACAUACUGGAGUCCUCUUCGACCGCAAGGGAUCACAACUGUUCAUCCCAUCAAGGCCGAGAAGGCAACGAUAGAGGCCAUGAUGGAUGAUGAGAAUGAUGAUGACAUUGUUGAGAUAGUGGAGGAGCCGCAACGGUCUUCUACAUAUGGACAGUAUUUGGAACCACCCAAGCCACACCGGCUCAUGCUGAUUUCACCACCGUCAUCACCGCCCAUCGGAUGGACCUCGUUCGAGGAGGAUGGCCCGGUCAUCAACUACGAGCUCAUUGCCGCGCUCGCCAGCAUGGGCAACGAAGACGAAGCGGAAGUAGAACUGUACCCUGGGUCAGACGCCGCGCCGAAGCUUGUCGUGAAAUGCACAUGAUCACAUGAUACUCUACGAGUUCACGCUACACUGGAUAGUGUUACUGCUACUGCUGCUGCUGCUGCUAGAUCCGGGUGACGUACCUCUCUUUCCCGUCAACAUUAUCGCAUAGCUGCUUUGUCAGAUCUCUUAGGCAUCUGACCAAUUUCUAUUAUGUUAUUGUGCGCGCGAACAUCGCAUUAGGGUUCACGUUUCCAUACCAUAUUGAUACAUCAUGACAUUCAUGGUACGCUGGGCACACACUGUAACUCACAUGUAGAUUACUUUUCUGCUGGUCAUGUGUCCUGCAUGUCACCCCCCCCCCCCCCCCAUGUUGAGAACCCCGCUGUUCGUUGUACCCGGUCCUAUUUCACGUGAAAAGAAUAUAUUUACACUGCCGAGAAGUGUGUACAAUAGAGUAUGAUUGUUGACUUCUCUGUUUUCUCCAUGUCAGGUACAUUGGAUCUACAUGUACAUGUAUGUGUUCUCCGAUUGAGCUUCUGUUCGCUCUGUCUUCUUCCUAUUGACAUUGGUAGAGGAUGUCAGUGAAUAUUUUGCUCUCGGCUGGCUGUCUUGCAAACAAUCCUAUCUGAGCAUCAGUAUAAUCAAUACUAUGUUAGAGAGCUUGUCCAAUUGUUUGUCAACUUCAACACGGCCAUUCAGUCCGUAUCUAUUCUUUCUCUAUCUCCCAACCAGUCUCUUUGGCAGAUUGAGAAGU